AUGCUUUUGCUCACUACUUUGAUAUUGGCCAUCACGGCAAAUGCAGCUGUGAUCAGACGUGAUAAUUCGACCGUGACGGUAGCAUCUCUUCCUCAAUUUUCGAACAGCACAGCUCGAUUAGAAGCCAUCAAUACCAAACGGGAAGGAUGGCUUUACGGCCCCUCACUCCUAGGGAAUGCAUCUUUCUUUCCCACUGGAAGCCUGGGAACAGCAAGGAUGCAAACAGAUAUGGCAUUAUUCGCCGCUGAGUCCGCCUACAUCAGUCCAAAAGCACAAGCGGAUCUAGCAGCCGUGCAAUCAGCAGUUCUUGCCCGGUCUCAAAAGUCUAGACGACUACGCACGUGUCUUAUAUGA